GUUUAAAACCAAACAGUAGCCUCAAGAUGGAAAAUGCAUUCCAUUCAAUAUCUUCAAACCGAUAAACCUAACCACAAGUUGUUCUUCGUCUUCCUUCGAUUUCCGAUUUGCGCCCACAAUCCUAAUCCAAAACACAACUGGGCAGCAGGGCUAGUGUACUAUGGCCGGUAUGGCCGGUGAAGAGGAAGAAAAAAUCAAAGCAACUGCGGCUCAGCCUCCUAGAGGCCUACCACUAAAUUGCCUGCUGUGGCCAAAUUGGCUGCUGUGGCCAUUGUUGGUGGCGAUCUGCGUUCUAAUAGUUCUUUUGGUCGCAUGGCGGACAGAAACGUAUGGCCCUGAUUUCCGAGUCCAAUCGGCCAUCGUCUCCCAACUCAACGCGACUCAGUCCCAGUUAACCGCCACCUGGGACCUGUCCCUGGUGGCCACAAACCGCAACCCCGGCGAAGUUCAGGACAUGUACAUCAAGAGACUGAUGGCGUACAUCUUCUACGGGGACAAAGAGAGGAUGAUGAUGCUGGCAGUGAAGCCGGUGGGGAUACGGCCGCGUCUCUUGUUGUCAAGCAAGAGGAACCAGGCCACAGCCAGUUUCCAACUCCAAGCGGUGGAGAUGUACGUGGGACAAAAUGUGUCCCAGGAAAUAUUGCAAGGGCUUAGCGCCCCUGGCUCUGCCUCUGGCGCUCUGGUGAGAUUUGGUCUCAAGCUCGAGGUUUGGUAUAAGGGUAUCGGCAUUGUGUCGGAUUUUAGAGCGCUCUUCUGCGACGGAGUGGUCGAUUUUGGGGUUUCUCCGGUCAAUUAUGUUAAUCAUGGGACUGGGAUUUCGACAGUUAAGGAGGGUCAGUCGACGGAAUGCUAUUAUUACGAGGCAAAGGAUUUUUAUUACUAAGAAAUAACUUGUAGACGUUUUUUUUUUUGUUAACAAACUAGCAGUUACUAGUCUCGUAUGGAGGAAGUUGAUUUCUGUAGGUUGAAUUGGAAAUGUUGGCAUUGCAAUGCUGCGGUUUGUUGUUCUUUUGUUGAAUGAGUAGGUUUCACUAGUGUCGUAUGGGAGUUGCUGUGUGUGACUGGAAUUGGAAAUGUUGCAUUGCAAUCCUGUUUGUUGUUCUUUUGUUGAAUGACUAGUUUUUAUUUAUUUAUU